AUGGCGUCUGCUCUGAACUCUGCGCCAACGGCGAACGCCUCUGGCAAUGCCAACUCUGGCUCUCACUCUGGCCGAUCUACCUUGAGACCUUCCAACAGUACUAAGGGGUCUGACAACCGCCGCCAGUCUGGUAGCCCUGUCGAUGGUGGUGCACGACGCUCCAACUCCCACAAGGCCUGGACCCAAGGCACCAACCCUAUCACCCAACGAUCUUCCCACUCCACAUCCAACGGAAACAUGGCCCACCGGGGACAGUCUGGCUCUCCACGGCCAAACCAGAAGGAGUCGAACACUCCUGACAGCCAUGCCCAUGAUCGCCUGGUGUUCUUGUUUGCCAGCUUCAUUGGACUCCAAACCACCAUUACUACCAAGGCCGGAGAGAAGUUCAGCGGUAUCUUUUCUAACUCGAUCCUGGAAUCGAAUGACUCGUCCUUCACGCUCAAGAUGGUCCAGCGCGCUGACCAAGAGGACCAACUCCGAACAAAUGGCGUGAGUGACGUCGCGACCCCGUACCUGGGUACCGGCCCCGACCACAACUUGCAGUUUGAUAUCCGAGAGAUUGUGGACAUCUCUGUCCCCAACGUUACUACUGCCGAAAUCUCGGCCAAGGAGCCCAAUGGUGCUUCUCAGGGAUUCAGGACCGAUAGCGAUAUCUCUGGAAACCUCGCCAUGCGCGAGCGUACAUUACAGCGCUGGGAACCCGCCGAGAGCGAUGUUCAUAUGUCCAUUGAGACUAGUAACAGCACCGCCGGAUGGGAUCAGUUCGAGGCAAACGAACGGCUCUUCGGUACUAAGACCAACUACGAUGAAAACGUCUAUACCACUCGUCUCGACCGCAGCACUCCUACAUACACAGCAGAGCUGGAGAGGGCAUCUCGUAUCGCGGCUGAGAUUGAGGGCACCGCUUCGGACAACUCUCAUAUGCGUGAGGAGCGCGGCCUAGUGGCACCCGCCACUGGCGAUCAAGACGAGGAGGACAAGUACAGUGGUGUUCGCCGCGAAGAGAAGGCUUUCCCUCCUCUACUUUCCGGUCAGCCAAACAAAUAUACCCCCCCUGGACGCCGCCAAGCUGCUCCCCAGCCUCCUACACUUCCCAACGCACCUCCCAAGCAGGCCGCCGCCACUACAUCUGCUGCUCCCGUUAUGAAGGAGGAUGCAUCCACAGACCAGCAACCUGAGCCGACCACGUUGCAACCCUCUGCCGAAGUCGAGGCUGGGAGCGCCUCAGCUAAGGCUCUCUCGCCUGCGCCUCCCGCAGCCAAGCGACCUUCUGCCGAAAAUGCCACUGCGAAUGUGGAGGCAGAGGUUCUAGAUCAUUUCCGCCAGUUUGCCAACAGCGAGAAGCUCAAGAUGCAAGAGCGCCGUCGCAACCAAGCCUCGUACGAUCGCACCGUCAAACUCAACGAGCUGAUGAAAUUCUCGAAGAGCUUCAAGCUUUCCACUCCUGUGCCAAAGGACCUUGUACCAAUUCUGGCUAAGGACCGCAUGAAGCAAGAGGAAAUUAUUCAACGGGCCCAGCAAGCUCAGCAACAGGGGGUUGAUGACAAGGGUAUGCCUAAAAUCACUUCCCCUCCCACCGAACCGAAGCCUCCUGCUCGUGGUACUGGGCCUACUGGUGCUGUCCCUCCUGUUGCUCCGGCUGAUCGCCAGAACUACCAACGCUCUCGGCAGGCCUACCCUCCCACGGGCCCGCUUGCUGGACCUAACGGUCGUUUCCCCCAGCAACCUAUUCAACCGGGGCGUUCAGGUGUUGGUAUGCUUGGUCACCGUCUAGCAGACAACCUGCAGCAGCGAAAGGGCGCUGGAAUGGCUCCUGUCCCUGCUCCGCUUCCAAUUCAGGAUGCCCGUGGGCCUCCCACCGGUCCUGCUAGCGACCAGCACAAGAUCACCAGCCCUGUCAAGUCGCAGGGACCUGGAUCUUCUGCAUCCAGCAAGUUCAACGUUCGGGCUAUGGAGUUCAAGCCGAACCCUGCGGCGAGCACUUUCACCCCUGGCGGUGCUCCCUCUACCGCUACUGCGAGCCCGCGGCCUUUCUCUCGUAGCCGUUCCGUGUCUCGCACCUCCACUCCCACCGCCUUCUUUGGUCCACGGAAGCUUCAGCCAAUCUCGGAGCGACCUUCUCUCAAUGACCAGUUCAAUCCGAUCAAGCGCAUGAAGAAGGAGAGUUCAGCACAGGCCGAGAAGCCAUACAGUUUCAACGAUGGAAUUCCUCCUCCGUACAAGACUUUGCCCACCUGGGAUACCAUGGAGGGUAACGAGGAAAAGACAUAUGAUCAAAUGUUCAAGCAACCCAUCGUGACAGCUUCGUCUCAGGGACGCUCCGUAUCCAACAACCCCAAUAUCCCCCAGCAGCACCAGAUGCCUUUCCACUUCCAGCAAGGAAACCCCGGUCUCCCUGCUUCUGGUGGUCCCAAUGGCGGCCACCUCCAUCCUCAGGGUCAUCACGGGCCCCCUCACGUCGACGACCAUCGCAUGCACAUGUCUGGCUCGAACUCUGGAGUCUUCCCGUCCCCUCGAAUGCAACCUGGAUACCCUUCUCCCAUGGCGCCCCCAGCUCAAGUGGCCUUCGGGCAGCCGAUGCCCCCAUUUUAUGGCACCCCUCAAGGUGGCCAAAUGAGACCCUACCAGGGUGGUCCCCAGUUUGUAAACCCACAAGCUCCGAUGAUGGUGCAGCAGCCGUCCAAUGGACCUUUCAUGGGAGUUCCACAGGGCAUGGGUCCAUACAACCAACAGAUGCCUAUGUACUCUCCCUCUCCUGCCCACGCAUACCCUCAGCAUGCACCUGCGCCUCAGCCUCAUAGCGGAUACCCCAGUCCGAGCCGUGGUGCGCCCAUGAUGAUGCACCAGAACUCUCAGUCAGGACAACCCCCGCAGCCGAUGAUGUAUAUGCCCGGACACCACAUGCCUCCCAACCGUGGCAAUUACCCGCAGCAGCCUCAUUUCUCCUCCAGUCCACAUCAGUCACAUCAUUUCCACCCCAACCAGCACCGUACAACCAGUAACGGAUUCAACCAAAUGCCCCAAAUGCCCCCUCAGAUGUCUAGCAACACACCAAACUCUGCAGCUUCUCAUUCCGCCGAGGCUACGGACGAAGGCAAAUGA